AUGGAAGAAGACAGUCACUGUGCAGGACCACUGGAGCUGAAACAUCAGGGAUUGUGGACAUACGAUUACUGGACCCUGAAGGUAGCCGAUGCUGUCUGCAGAGAGUUAGACUGUGGCUGUGCUGUUUCUGUAGGAAAGAGAAAUGAUUCCUCAUGCAUAUCUGUGUGGGGGAUCAGCUCUGACUGUGUUAAAUCUAGAUUUGCUCUGAGGGAGUGUGCAGAAUCAUAUUACUCUUUCUCUCGCUCCAUCCAGCAUCUCACCUGCUCAGACUCUGUCAGGCUGGUGAAUGGGACCAGUCUGUGCUCAGGCAGACUGGAGGUGAAGACUAACCAGUCUACCCAGCGCUGGUCCUCAGUGUGUGAAGAUGACUUUGACCAGCAGGAUGCAGAGGUGGUCUGUAGUGAGCUUGGCUGUGGGGCUCCUUCAGUCCUCCAGGGGGCGCUCUAUGGAGAAGUGGAGGCUCCAAUGAGGACCAAAGAUUUCCAGUGUGGAGGCAAUGAGUCUGCUCUCCUGGACUGUAGAAGCUCAGGCUCAGAUAGAAACACCUGCUCACCUGGAAAAGCUGUCAGACUCACCUGCUCAGAGCCUGUCAGGUUGGUGGGAGGAGCCAGUCGCUGUGCAAGAACACUGGAGGUGAAACAAAGAGAAUGGAGACCAGUGAGUUACUACUCUGACUGGAGCCUGAAGAUAGCAGCUGCUGCCUGCAGAGAGUCAGACUGUGGCUUUGCUGUUUCUGUAGAGAGAAAAAAGACCACAUACAGAUCUGUGUGGUGGAUCACUUCUGACUGUGUUCAGUCUGAAUCUGCUCUGAGGGAGUGUGCAACAUCAUGGUCCUAUUCCUACAUACUGAAUCUCACCUGCUCAGACCUGCUGCUUCAGCCCAACAUCUCUGUGUCCUCCUCCAUGGUCGGUGUCUCCAAGGCCCAGCAGGAGGGGUUCCAGGUGUUCUCGGGCUCAAACUUCACCAUCAGCUGCUCCAUCCAGCCACAGUACCCAGGAGGCUCCUUGUAGCUCACCUUCACCUCCUCCAACUCAGCACACAACUCCACCCAGCCAGCUGUUAAUCACUCUGCCCACUUCCUGUUUCCUGUUGCAGAGCCCGCCCACCAAGGAAGCUACAGCUGUGUUUAUCACCUCUAUGUUUUCUCUCAUAACUUCUCCUCUGAAAGCCGUCUGCUCUCUCUCGGCA